CAACAGUUGACAGUUUAAUGGUGUAGAAAUGUUCCUUGUUUUCAGUGCUUUUACAUCUGUCCUGUUUUUAGCAGCAGCUGGAGACCAACUGGUCCAGGACCAGACAUCAUGGACCAGGAGACAGGGCGAGAGUGUCUCCUUCAGCUGCAGAGGCACUGGGCAGUGUACUCGUGCUUAUGUCUUCUGGUACCAGAAAAGAGUUGGGGAGCCUUUUGUUCUGAUUUUGGACAUAAACAGGAAUAAUGGCAACAUAGAUUCCAGAUAUAGUCAUCCUCAAAAAGAUGACUUCUCAGCCUUGAGAAGGGACAACAACUAUGAUUUGGAGAUAAAGUCAGUUAAACUGUCCCAUUCUGCCACCUACUACUGUGCCUGCUGGAAGAGUGUCUGGUUGAUCUUUGGUCCUGGCACUAGACUUUACAUUACUGACAAGCAUGUCAAAGAACCAAAAGUGACAGCCUAUCAAGCACCCAAGACCCAAACAAAUGAGAGGACAACCCUGCUGUGUCAGGCCAGUGACAUGUUCCCAGACUUGGUGAGGUUUUCAUGGAAGAUGGAGAGAGAAGACGGCCGGUUGGUGGAGGUGCCUGAAGCAGAGAGAGAAGAGCUGGAGCAGAGGGAGGACGGGAGAGUGACUAGUGUGAUCAUCAUCAAGAACCAAGAGGAUAAAACUAAAAACUACAGCUGUACUGUAAAGCAUGAAGUGGGUGAUGUUGAAGUUGAAGACUUUGAAAUACACGAAAAAGAGGAAUCUUCUUUUACCACGGCUGCCUCUCCACCACCCUGUCCACCCCAGAAUCAUACACACGUCUCUCCUGCCGUCCACGUCCCUGAAGAAGUGUUGCAGUCCAUGUGCAGUGUGAACCUGGCCUCUCUGGUUUACACUGUGAUGAUAGUGAAGAGCUUGGUGUACUGCUGUGGGCUCUCCCUCCUGCUGCUCCUCAGGGACAACAAGGGAAGUCCACCACACACAUGGCGAAAAGCUCAUUAAAACCUACAGC